AUGAACGCCUCCGAUGGCGAAACCGACUACUCCACGGAUGAUACCCCCUCGAGCACGGGGUCUGACGACGGUUGGGUCGACUUUGGCUGCGGCGAUUUGUACAAGAACAUCUGCGGCGGCGACGACGACGACGACGACGACGACGACGACGACGACGACGACGACGACGACGACGACGACGACGACAACAGCAACAACGACAACAAAGACAACAAAGACAACGACGAUCACGUUCACACUCACACCACCUACAUCAAGAUCAAGUCCAAAGACGGCGCAUCCAGCCGGGUGAAGCCGCCCACCGUCUCUGUCAAACAUCGUUCGCCUCAUUCCAGAGUAAAGCGCCGGGAUUAUACCAGUGAUCGCGAGUUCACCGUCUGCUUCCUCAUGAUCCUGGUCAUUCUGGCACUCUUGUUUCCUGAGGGAGCAUCUGUUUCCUUCAAGGUUAUGGGCUUCGUACUGGCCGAGAUUACAUCAAUUCUGUUCGAGGGAAAAGUUCUCCGAAUGGGAGAAAAGGAGCAGGAGACAAAGAACAAGGGUAUCAAAGGGAAGGGGAUGAAAUGA